GCAAUCGAGUACCCCAGUGCCUUCGGCCCUAAUUUACACCAGUACAGUGCUCUGCUGCUUCUGAAUGCAUUGGGUCUUCUUCUUCUUCUGUAUAUUUUCCUUCCAUCUCUGUAUGGAAUUUUGAUACUUAUUGGAGCAUGGAGGAGCUUAUACUGAGACCUAACCACUGUCAUCUCCCUUGCAAUUCUGUUACUCGCUCAUUACUCUCAUACCCUUCUACUCUGCCCUUCCAUUCUACUUCUCUUGAACGGCGACCUUCCUCACAGCUUUCCGCGCUUAAACCCACCAAACCCAAAAGAAUUCGCUGCGAAUUUGAUGGCAAAGUCAACGGCUUUCUCCAUGCGGACUCCAACGCUCGUUUUCUCGACCGGCAAAAGGCAUUGGAAGCAGCAAUGAAUGACAUAAAUAAUUCAUUUGGAAAGGGAAGUGUCACAAGAUUGGGCAGUGCUGGCGGAGCAUUAGUUGAAACUUUUCCAAGUGGCUGUUUGACACUAGAUUUUGCUUUGGGCGGCGGCCUUCCCAAAGGGAGAAUAGUAGAGAUAUUUGGACCAGAAAGUAGUGGAAAGACUACCCUUGCACUCCAUGCAAUUGCGGAAGUACAGAAGCUUGGAGGCAAUGCAAUGCUCGUUGAUGCAGAGCAUGCUUUUGAUCCAGCAUAUUCAAAAGCAUUGGGUGUGGAUGUAGAAAACUUGAUCGUUUGUCAGCCAGAUAAUGGCGAGAUGGCACUUGAAAUUGCAGAUCGUAUGUGCAGAUCUGGUGCUGUAGAUCUCAUUUGUGUUGAUUCUGUGUCAGCUCUCACUCCACGAGCAGAGAUUGAGGGAGAGAUUGGAAUGCAGCAAAUGGGCUUGCAAGCCCGUCUCAUGAGCCAAGCUUUGCGUAAAAUGUCAGGAAAUGCUUCCAAAGCUGGUUGUACUCUCAUCUUUCUUAAUCAAAUAAGAUAUAAGAUCGGUGUAUAUUAUGGAAAUCCUGAAGUCACUAGUGGAGGAAUUGCACUUAAGUUUUUUGCCUCAGUGCGCCUUGAAAUACGUUCUACUGGGAAGAUAAAGUCCGUUAAAGGAGAUGAAGAUAUAGGACUCCGCGUCAGAGUCAGAGUACAGAAGAGUAAGGUGUCGAGACCUUACAAGCAAGCUGAGUUUGAAAUAAUAUUUGGAGAGGGAGUGGGUAAACUGGGCUGCAUUUUGGAUUGUGCUGAAAUGAUGGAUGUGGUUCUAAAGAAGGGUUCUUGGUAUAGCUACAGAGACCAUAGGUUGGGACAAGGAAGAGACAAAGCAUUGCAGUUUUUGAGAGACAACCCACUUCUUCAUGAAGAAAUAGAGAAGAAAGUUCGUUCCAUGAUGACAGAUGGAACUGUACACGUAGACUCUACGUACCCGAGGAAUUCAACCUCACCUGAUCAAGAUGAACACAUUUAUGAGGAAACUGAAUGACACAAAUGCUGAGAGUCACAAAUAUAUAGGGUAAUGGUCAUAUAUAUUUCCUCGCAGACAUCAAAUUGAGUGCCAGGGACAUUUAAUAUUUAAGAUGCAUUCGGAAGGAGAGGAAUGGAGUGAGGAGAAGGGAAAACAAUGGGGGGUAGGCGAGGUGAUGGAAAGUAAAGCCAGGGCACCGAAGUUUGCUUCCAUUUUUUUUUGGUGGUUUGAGCGGAAGAUGUUAGUAUAAAAUAACAAACAUAGCCUAAUCCAUAACCUUUACCCUUCUUCUUUUGGUACCAAAAUUUAUAUUGCUAAUUUUGUGAGAAUUGUUUGGCUUCAGCAUACCAUGAAUGCCUGGAAAAAAAAAUGGAGUAUUUAUUCAGAAACGUUUCAUUUUCUGCUCAAUAUAAGUAGCACUGUUUCUAAGUAUUGUUACCGUUGUCAUGUACAGUUGAUAGGCUUUGAAAAUCUGUGCCCUGAUUAAGAAACAAUUCUAUUUGGUUCUUGUCUGAAUUACAUGUGUAUUGAACUGUUCUGGACAGUUGCAA